GAAAUCAACCAGAUUAACAGGUACUUCGUCCAUUACCAAUUUAUACCAAACAAGUAGAAAAUCUAUAUGGAAAAUAAACUGAACAUCCCCUUAAAAGUAAUCUUUUGGAUAAUGUUCUGAAAGUCCAGAAGUCAGAAAAUAACUUCCACGUUUGGCGAACUCCAAAAGUGACAGAGCACCGAUUCCAACUGCGCAUGUUCAUAACUGGCGUUAGUUUGCGCAUGUCCCCCACCCCCAGUUCGUUUGAAUCGCUGGUUGCGGAUGAAACAGGGGCCAGUUUGUGGCUUCAGCAAAUGCGAGUAUUCGUGGGUCAGGUCUGCGAUUGAUGUUGCAAACAGAGCUCCAUGGUAUUUCAAAGAAUCUCGGAUGAAGGCGGCUGUGUUAUCGAAAGGCGGCGCCGGCUCUGCCUUCAUUGAUUUGAAUUUGCCUCCUCCAGCCCUGCUGUUGCUGGGAAGGAACGAGAUAGGCUUCGGUUACGUUCAUUGCUAGGCGACUGUCAGCAGGGGAACCUCCUUCCUCCUUCAGAUAAAUGACGUUGGUUCCACAUUCCAGCAUUUGCAACCCCUGGUGUCUUCGUCUACCUUUUUGCAGUGCCCGUUUCUCCGUUUUGUUGCUCAGGGUUUGUCUGAGACAAGUGGGGCUGUGGGAGGACGCCUUGCCGUGCCUUGCCUUGCCGUGCCGUGCCGUGACGUGGCGCUUCCAUGGAUGCCGGGGAGGAGAUGGACAUGGAAGUUAUGAAUCCUCUAAUAGAAGUGACUCACAGUUCUGAAGAAGUGUCUGAGGAAGAACAGGAGUCUGAACUAACAGGUUUACAUUUGCGGCAAACUGGGGAUGAGCAGGGCAUAUCGUUCACACAAACAUUAAUUCAUUUGUUGAAGGGAAAUAUUGGAACUGGACUGUUAAGUUUACCACUUGCGAUCAAAAAUGCAGGGCUUAUGCUGGGGCCAAUCAGCCUUGUUAUUAUGGGAAUAGUGGCAAUUCAUUGUAUGCAUAUCGUAGUACGCUGCAGUCAUCACUUCUGUCAAAGAUUUAAAAAGCACAGCCUGAGUUAUGGUGAUACAGUCACAUUUGCGAUGGAGCAUGGACCAUUCCCUUGUCUUCGCAGCAAAGCUCCAUUGGGAAGGGUGACUGUAGAGUUCUUCCUCAUCGUUACACAGCUGGGAUUUUGCUCUGUUUAUUUUGUUUUCCUUGCUGCUAACAUGAAACAGCUAGUGGAAGGUUUCCUGAGGAAUCACACAAGUUACAGUCACCUAAACAUGACCAGAAAUAUGCAGUCCCAUAGCGAAGACUGGAAUGUUGAUGCAAGGAUCUACAUGCUGAGCUUGCUUCCUUUUUUGGUCUGCUUUGUGUUUAUUCGUGAUCUCAAGUACCUUGCAGUAUUUUCUUUCUUGGCGAAUCUUUCAAUGGCUGUCAGUCUAGUUAUCAUCUAUCAGUAUAUUAUUAGGGACAUACCUCAUCCAGGCAAGCUUCCUCUGAUUGCCAGCUGGAAAAAAUAUCCACUUUUCUUUGGGUCUGCAAUAUUUGCUUUUGAAGGAAUUGGGUUGGUUCUUCCUUUAGAAAAUAAAAUGAAGCAAAGAAAACAGUUUCCACAAGCGUUAAACAUCGGUAUGGGCAUCGUCACAGCUUUGUACGUUUCACUGGCAACCCUUGGGUAUCUGCACUUUGGUGAUAGUGUUCAGGGCAGUAUUACAUUAAACCUUCCACAAGACAUAUGGCUAUACCAGCUGGUAAAACUCCUUUACUCUUUUGGGAUCAUGGUGACUUACACAAUCCAGUAUUACGUGCCAGCGGAGAUCAUUCUUCCAGCUGUUUCUGCAAGAGUACAUCAGAGAUGGAAGCUACUUUGUGACCUUGCAGUCCGGACACUUCUUGUUUGUCUAACUUGUGCCACAGCUAUUUUAAUUCCGCGUCUUGAUUUAGUGAUUUCACUUGUUGGAGCCGUCAGCAGCAGUGCUCUAGCCCUCAUCUUCCCUCCCUUUCUGGAGAUCAUCACCUUUUCUGGAGAAGGCAUCUCCAUCUGGUUGCUUCUGAAGGACAUCUUCAUAGCACUGAUAGGAAUCAUUGGCUUUUUGACUGGGACAUAUGUGACUAUUGUGGAAAUCGUCUAUCCAGAUACGGCCCCAGUGAUUGAACUCACUACUAAUCCUCCCAUCAAUAUCAACUCUACUGGACUGGAUUCUUGGGCCAAUAUUCCAAGCUCAUGAGGAAUAAGUACCACAGAGUACCUCAUCAAAGGAGUUAUGGAGAUUAUUGACUGCUUUUAAAUAAUAGGGUGAGAAUGAAAUAUUGCAUUGAGUAUUUAUGCUCUUCACUACUAUUCCAUUGGUUUUACGUACUAACACAUGUGACACAAUAGUUGAUGAGAAUCUGGUUUUGGCUGCUUUGUAAGUUAUUCACGAUUGUUUUGAAAAUGUUUAAUCCAAUGGUCUCUAUUUUUUGUCUUAACAUGUAUUUUUUUCCUGUCCUCUACUCUGCUGCUCUUUAGCUAUCAGAUUAAUGGGUAUUACAGUCCAGUGUUCCUCUCAUUUUAUUGGGAGAUGUCUAGAUUUUGCUCUGGAUCUCUUUUAGACAAGACAAGGAAAUUAUAAGAUGGAUAUUUGUCAAUGUGAAUCAAAGUCAUAAAGUUUCUUGGAACCUGCAUUUGCAUCACGAAUUUACUUCAUGUUUAUGUUUGUGACUUGUUCCAUUUGUAGAAAUUUCAUAUAUGCAUAAGGCAUAAACAUAAGGAUUUCACUCAGUAAAUGGUGUUAUAGGGACUUGAGUUUUUCUACAAUAGCCAUUAAUGUUGGUUAUGUCAGAACCCAAGGACAGUGGUGGUUCACCAGUGAACACAAAAUGAUCGGCACAUUUAAGUUUUUUUGUAUGACUGAAAAUGUUGCACUGAUGUCAUCUUCUGUCACCUUCCCCAAAAUAAAAUUCUAUAAAAUAAUUUGAUAACAAUGGAGAUUGGAUUCAAUUCAAGGCUUUUUGUAUGAAUAUCAAUGACAUGUUCA